UAAAAAUAAAAAGGAAUUUACCGUCUUCUUCAAAGCUUUAUAACUUUCACAACAAAUCCAAAUGAUUUUAUUUGAGAAUUUCAAUACAACGCAUCAAACUUCGCCACAUUUCGAGCGGCAUCAGCAUUUCGCUAUGGAAAUUUCUAAUCGCAGCUGUUAUGGCCUCCUCACCCUGCCAGUGGAGGAUCGGUGUGCCUAUAUUGAAAGUUCCUCCUCCUGCCUUCCGGAUGUGUAUCUGAUCAAUUACAUACAUAUCAUAUUUUGCAAUUUGGAAAUAUCUACAAUGUGGGGCAGAGCAUUUUCAUCCCUUGUGCUACUUAUUAUCAUUGGCAUAUAUUUUACUAUUUUCGGUGUUACAUCGGAUAUAUUCUUUUGCCCCGCGCUGGCUGUGUUGGCACGUAUGAUGCGAAUGAGUGAGAAUGUGGCUGGUGUUACGUUGGUCGCUUUCGGUAAUGGCGCACCGGAUAUAUUCAGUAGCCUGUCCUAUCUCCAGAAUAAUACACGUCGCUUGUAUGCAGAUAUCUUAGCUUCGGCUCUCUUUGUUGUAUUGAUUGUGGCUGGCAUUAUCUUCUAUUCAUUUCCAUUUUUUGCGCAACCCUAUCUGCUGUUACGCGAUGCGCUCUUCCUACUGCUCGAUGUAUGUGUAAUUGAUUAUAUAAUUAAGAAAGAUAGCGCCAUUUCGGUGGGCGAUAGUGUAGGCACUCUCUGCAUUUACCUUUGUUACCUUUUUGUCGUCAUAUUUGAUCAGUUUCUGGUGAGACGCGCUACAAGAAUAUUGCAAUUAAGGAGGAACACUCUAAAGAGGCUCUCGAAUUUGGAUGUAAUUCGUCUAAACGACCUACGUGCGCAGGGUGUAAUGAGGGGACGCAGAUUGCCAUAUAUGGAUCGCCGUGAAUUAAGUGUUUUAUACUCGGGAUCGAUUGAUCGAAUAAAGUACACACUUUGGCAACAGUUACUCCGUACUCUUAGACCAUAUGAUGAAACCGAAUGGAAAAGUGCCAAUUUUCUGAUGAAAGGAUUUCUUAUUUUGCGCGCACCAAUUCUUAUAAUGCUGAAAAUGCUCAUACCAAUCACAGAUCAAGAAGAAGAGGAUAGUGGCUGGUCUCGUCUCCUGAACUGUGUGCAAGUGGUGCUUUUGCCGUCGUUCAUUUCCUAUGUUACUUUGAUGCAGUAUACGCUAUUUGGAAUGCCAAUUUUCUUUUGGUCCACUUUGAUAGGUCUUCCCUUGGCUGUUCUGAUGUUUGUUAAUUCCGAAACAAAUGGAACACCGGCUUUUCAUCAGUACCUUUCUAUUCUUAGUGUCGCUGGCUCGGUAUUUAUUGUACGCGUUUGCUGUGCUGAGAUCAUAAAUGUCCUCGCCGUGCUGAGCAUUUUCACAGGGCUGAGUAGUUCUUUUUUCGGCGUCACUCUUUUGUCGUGGGCAAAUAGUAUUGGUGAUUUGAUUGCUAAUCUGUAUUUGGCUCGGCAAGGCUAUCAGAACAUGGCGCUUGCCGCUUGUUUCGGAGGACCUCUAUUUAACUCUCUGCUUGCGGUCGGAUCAACUUUACUGUAUAAAACUUUGACAGAUGAAAAUUUCGAAAUUUCGGAAUUUGGCGAGGGCAUAAUGGGCGAAAACUGCACCAUUUUCCUAGCCAUCAGCUUGGCGAUUCUAUUAUUGGCUGCUCUUACGACAGACUUCUAUUUUCGGCCCAGUAUUGGUGUUUAUGUUAUUACAGUUUAUUUAAUUUUCUUCUUCUACAAUCUUCUUGGAGAGUUUACCAUCAUUCAUACAUAUGGCACUGAUCAUAGAAUGGAUCAAGUUAUCGAACCAGUGCUUUAAUCAAUUGAAAAGGUUAUAAAAUAAAAUUGUACAAAUUCCACUUACGCGCUU